AUGCCGAAGGAUAAUAUAGAGAUCCCACCCAAAGAUGAAGAAGAAUUAGAAUUAGAAAAACUUGUAUUUGGAGAUUUAGAAGGGUUUGAAAAUAAUUUGAAAAAAGUUGAUAAUUUGUUUGAUUAUUCAGAUGAAGAUGAAAUAGUGAAUGAAGAAGUGGUAGAUGAUAUUGAUAGUGAUAAUGAAUUAGAUAAUUUACAAGAUCAUGAAUUGUUUUAUCUAGAUGACGGAAUAGAGCAAGAUGAAGAGAAUGACUCAAUGGAUAUAGAUAGUGAGAGUGAAGAAGAAGAUUUUGAUGAUGAUGAGAACGCAUGGCAAGAUAGUGAUGAUGAAAAACUAGAUAUAUCAUUAACAUCAUCAGAUCGAUUGAAGAAGUUGCGUAAAACUGAACAAGAUUCAAAUAUAAGUGGUAGAUCAUAUGUCAUUAGGUUAAGGUCACAAUUUGAAAGAAUAUACCCACGUCCAGAAUGGAUUGAGAAAAUAGAUAAUGAAGAAGAAUUAUCAUCAGAUGAAGAAGUAGAUGAAGAUGAAGAUGAAGAAUCCAACGCACAAGCAGAUACCAAAUCAUUACUUAAUGUAUUAAAAAACACUCAACAAUUUAUAACAACAAAACAAUUAAAAUUGAUAUCACCAAAUAAACUUUCCAUUUCAAGAUUAAAAGAUGCAAAUUAUCAAAGAAGAGCAAAAUCGGCUAUACAGUCUAUUUCAUUUCAUCCUCAAUAUCCAGUUUUAUUAACUGGAGGUUUCGAUAAAACAGUUAGAAUUUAUCAAAUAGAUGGUAAAUCCAAUAAUUUCAUAACAUCAUUUUUUUUGAAAAACUGUCCCAUAUAUAAUUGUCAAUUUUCACCAUUAAAAGAUGAAACUAUAAUUUAUGUUGCUGGAAGAAGAAAGUAUAUGAACAAGAUAAACUUUAAUAAUGGAGAUAUUGAAAAGAUUUCAAGAUUAUUUGGGCAUGAAAAAACACAAAAAUCAUUUGAAUCAUUUAAAAUUAGUAAAUUUGGAAAUUAUAUAGGUUUGAUUGGUAAUAAUGGUUGGUGUAAUAUACUUAAUGGUAAAACUGGUCAGUGGAUUAAUGGGUUUAAGAUUGAAGGUACAAUUAUAGACUUUGAUUUCACAAAUGAUGAAAAAAUUAUAAUUAUUGUAAAUACUUAUGGUGAAGUAACUGAAUUUGACUUAGAAAAUAAUAAAGUAUUAAGAAAAUGGCAAGACGAUGGAGGUAUAGGUAUAACAAAAUUGAAAAUUGGUGGUGUAAAAAAUAAAUGGAUUGCUAUUGGUAGUAAUAAUGGUAUGGUUAAUGUUUAUGAUAGAAAUAAUAUUACAAGUGAUAGACCAAAACCAAUUAAAACUAUUGAAAAUUUAAUCACUUCAAUUUCUGAUUUAUCAUUUAAUAAUGAUGGUCAAUUGUUAUGUAUAUCUUCAAGAGCUAAACGAGAUGCUUUGAAAUUGGUUCAUUUACCUUCAUGUUCAGUUUAUUCAAAUUGGCCAACAAGUGGUACACCAUUAGGUAAAGUUACAAGUGUUUGUUUUUCACCAAAUAAUGAAAUGUUGGCUAUUGGAAAUGAAAGUGGUAAAGUAACUUUAUGGAGAUUAAAUCAUUAUUAA